AUGGAUCAUGAUGAGGUCCCGUCGGAGUUGGAUCAGAUUGCCCUGCGUCUGCAGGAGGGCGGCCUGGCUCCCUCGGCAAGUGCGGAGGAGUGUCAGCGGCACCUGUGGCGUCAGCUCCUGCAUUGUGAGGGAGACCUGCGCACAGCUACCCAGGAGCUGCACACACUGCGCACACAGCAGGCCACCGAGAUGAAAGAGGUGGAGAACUAUGUGGAGCACAUCCGUGGCCUGCUGGAGGAGCGUGAGUCUCUGACAGCCGAGUAUGAGCAGGACAACGAGCAGCUCCAUGCAGACCUCCAGCAGAUUAGGCUCCAGCAAGAUUCCCAGAGGAAGGAGGUGGUGGAGAUGCUGGCCCAGGAGGACUUGGGUGAAAUUGGCCUCAGUAGCACCAGUGAGCAGGUGGCCUACCUGCUGGUGGAGAGGGCCACGCUGUUGGAGAGACUGGAGGCUGCAGAGAGGAGGCUGGACACGCAGAGCCUCACAGGCAACCUCAGGGAGGUCCACCUGCAGGACGAGCUGGAUCAUAUUCGCCACACUAUGGAGGAAGAGUUAAGACAGCAGAGGGAGACCAUGCAGCGUACCAAAGAAAGCAUGAACCAGGAGCAGCAGUCUCCAGCUCAGAGGCCUUGGAAGAAGCUGUUUGGCCUACGCAAGUCCUCACAGAGCACACACAAUGGUGCACCUGUCCACAAUGAGGACGUGUCCCAGGAGCACUCCGAGCGCCAGCGGCUGGAGAGGGAUCUGGAGGAGGCAUCUCGGAGGCUCUCCAUGGCCCACGAGGACAUCCGCAGACUGACAGACAAGCUGGAAUCUGCCAAGAAGACCCAAGCCAUGUGUGGACCUGAGCUUGAGCGAACUGGUCAAGAGGUGGAGAGCCUGAGGAAGGAGGUGGACAAGCUGAAGCAAUGUGAUAUGCUGGAGCUGCAGAGGGCGAAGGAGCACAAUGAAAGACUGGAUGGGGAAAUCCGGGUUCUGAGAGAGCGAGUGCGCUCCCUGGACUCUGAGAAGAAAACCCUCUUACAGAUGGGGGAGGGCAAUAGCAGUGAGCACCCUAAAGAUCUGCCUACGCUGUUGUUGACAACAUCGAAACCUGAGGAGCAGGAGCAGAUUCAUAAAAGGUGUCGCGAGGCUUUGGAGGACGUGGGCUGCCAGCUGCGGGAGCUGCAGCGGCGCAUGCAGAGGCAGCAGCGGGAGCAGGAGGAGCUGGUGGAGAGGAACGAAGAGCUGGAGGCGCUACUGGGAGAGGCCCAGAACGCCAGCAAGGAGGAGUGCCAGCGCCACGAGGGUGAACUCGAGGGACUGCACCGCAAGAUUAAAACCCUAGAGGCAGAGCUGAAGAAGAUAUGUGCUCAGGACCAGGUACUGAAGGAUGGUGGUGUUGUCGGCAGAGAGACCGAGACGUACUUACAUCAGUUAAGGGACAGCAGCCAGGAGAGGGUGGCCCUGCUGGAGGCUCGUCUGACCGAAGAGAAGGAUUGGAGGAGACAGCUGGAGGUAGACCUCGGCGCUGCCCAGGCUGCACUUAAAAAUAACAAAGAGACACUGCAGAGAGAUGAGAGGGAGCUGAGGAAGUUGCGAUUGGAGCUGCAGGGCCUGCAAACUGAAUGUCAACAAGGGAAAACGCUCAUCAAGAGCCUAACGCAAGUUAAAGGGGAAAAGGGAAUCUUGGAAGAGAAAGUGGCCCAGUUGGAGCGAGCUCAGAGCAGACUCCAGAGUGACCGGGAGCACCAGACAGAGAGCAGCCGGACCCAGGAGGACCUGAGGGAGAGCAGGACGCAGGUGGCGGAGCUGGGAGCGAAAGUGGAGCGACUCACUUCGGUGCUCUCCUGCUUGGAGGAAGAGCAUUGCACACUGCGGUCAUUAUCUAGACAAUAG